AGCAGGUUUCCUUCCGAGAGGUGGCUCAGCCUGGACGGGUGGGCUCGCCCGCUGCUGCCUAUAAAUGCGCCCUUCCCGCCUGGACCGGCCACUCGCUCCUGAGCACGCAAACAUGCUGGGCGUCACCGUCCUCGCCGCGCUCCUGGCCUACGCCUCCAGCUGCGGGGUCCCCACCUUCCAGCCCAACCUAGCAACCCGGGUGGUGGGAGGAGAAAAUGCCGUGCCCCACAGCUGGCCCUGGCAGAUCUCCCUCCAGUACCUGAAGGACAACACGUGGAGGCACACGUGCGGUGGCACCUUGAUCGCCAGCAACUUCGUCCUCACGGCUGCCCACUGCAUCAGCAAAUCCAAGACCUACCGUGUGGGCCUGGGGAAGAACAACCUGGCGGUGGACGACGAGCCGGGCUCCCUGUUCGUGGAUGUGGACACCAUCUUCGUCCACGAGAAGUGGAACUCCUUCCUGGUGCGCAAUGACAUCGCCCUCAUCAAGCUGGCGGAACCCGUGGAGCUGAGUGACACCAUCCAGGUGGCGUGCCUGCCAGCGGAGGGCGCCAUGCUGUCUCAGGACUAUCCCUGCUACGUCACCGGCUGGGGCCGCCUCUGGACCAAUGGCCCCAUCGCCGAGGAGCUGCAGCAGGGUCUGCAGCCCGUGGUGGAUCAUGCCACCUGCACCCAGAGCGACUGGUGGGGCGCCAUGGUGAAGGACACCAUGGUGUGCGCCGGCGGUGACGGCGUCACCUCAGCCUGCAACGGCGACUCCGGCGGCCCGCUGAACUGCCAGGCUGAGAGCGGCGCCUGGGAGGUGCGGGGCAUUGUGAGCUUCGGCUCCGGCCUGAGCUGCAACACCCACAAGAAGCCUGCCGUCUACACCCGCGUGUCCGCCUACAUCAACUGGAUCAACCAGAAAAUGCAGCAGUGAGUCAUCCUCCGGAGCCACGGCCGCAAAUCCCCGCAAAUGCAAUAAACCUCGUUUGCCCUUGA